AUGCCGCCCCAGCCUUUGGAUAUGACGCCUGCUGCAACCACCGCGGCUAAAUCCACCCCACCCACGGUGCUGACGCUACAGAAGCUCCUUGAUACGAAGCAAGCCAUCCCCAUCCUUCCAGGCCUCCUGUACUUUGCAUCUACAGGCGAAUGUCUCUCCUCCUCGCUCGCUGGAAGUGCUGAGGCAGCCAUAACGGUAGCGUCGGUGACGUCCGUGGCCAUGGAGGCCAUCCACGACUUCUACUUCAAGGAGAAUCCCUUCGCCAGUGGCACGGCCACGGACCACGGCAAAGUUGCCAGCACAAGCGCAGCCCCGACCGCCAGGGCGACCGUGGGGCAGGACGCCGUCUUCGUGUCGUUGCGAGGUACCCCACCCUACCUCUACCGUCCUUUCUUCGCCGACUAUGGCCCGCUGGACAUGGGCUGCUGCGUGCACUUUGCGCGGCGCCUCUGUGAGCUGCUGCGGGCAGUGACAGGGGUCGACGUGUGCGCCUCACCCGCAUCCACUUCUGCCGCUGCAGGAGCCGUUGGCAAUGACACGAGCUCACGAGCCACUACCCAUACCCACAGAAAGCGGGGCGGAAGAAGACGACCCGCAUCGGCUCUAUCGCACUCCUCGAGCUCCAUCUCGGCGGCCUCCACGGCCCUCUCCGGUGGCCCCCCGGGGACAAUGCGGCCAGUGGUUGUGUGCGCCAGCCUCGACGCGCAGGAACGGGUGAACACGGCGUGUCUGGUUGGCGCCUUCUGCGUAUUGUGUCUUGGCUGGUCGGCUGCGGCGACGUGGUAUCGCGGCUUCGUCGAUAUCUACCCUGGUUUUCUCUCCUACCGCGACGCGAGCCAAGGCGUGUCAAACUACCCGCUCACCUUGAUUGACGUGUGGGCCGGACUCGAGCAGGGCGUUGCGCUCGGAUUCGCCAACGUGCAUACGUUUGACCUUCCCGCCUAUGUGGAAGGCAAGCAGCACGACUACAGCUGGGUGGUCCCUCGCCGGUUCCUGGCCAUGAGCUCCCCGCAGGACGACAAGCCCGAGCGCACCGCUGAGGUGUUUGCACGGCGGCUGCGCCAACUGGGUGUGCAGCUUGUGGUGCGCCUGAACGACAGCCUCUACAACCCUUCGCCUCUGCUACGGCUGGGCAUACGACACGUUGACCUGCCAUACGCCGACGGCAGCGUGCCAAGCGAUGCAGUGCUACUACGAUUUCUGCAGGCAGUAGAGGAGCACUUUGGUGAAUCAGUCGCGCCAGCUUCGCUGCGACAGUGGUGGUCGGUUCCAUCUUCGUCGACCGCAACAGCGAUGCCGAAGACAUCGGCGCGAGCGGCCAGCGCAUCCAAGAGAGCCCACUCCGCCUGUGCUAGUCACUCGAGGCCAGUGCUGCAGUCAUGCUCGCCCAUGCACUCCGGCACAUGCCGCGGCAUGCCGGAGACGUGGACGGCGGCUCCUCCAUUGGCGCCGACCUCACCCGCUCAACGCCCAGACUCUGCCUACGCGAACGGCACGCGGGGCUACGAUACCUGCACCUUAACAUCGGGUGAGAAGGGUGCUGUAGCGGUGCACUGUCUCGCUGGCCUGGGCCGCACGGGUACCAUGCUCGCCGUCUACAUGAUGCGUCACUACGGCUUCACCGCGCGCGCCGUGAUUGGGUGGCUGCGACUUUGCCGGCCAGGCAGCAUCAGCGGCGUUCAGCAGCAGUACCUUGACGCGAUGGAGCGACGUCUGCGGCCGCCGCCGCACAUCCUGGUCGCGAUGCAGCUGAACUCAGCACUCAAGCCGUGCGGCGCUGCCGGCGGAGGGAAGCGAUUCGAACAGCAGUCGCGAUCCAUACGCUCGUCGUUCUCACCCACCCUCUCCUCCAUGUCCAUCUUGCUAAACCCGGCAGCCGCGGCGCAGACAGCGGGCGGAGGGGACAGAGCGAAUGCGAUGGGCAGAGACCUGCUCAACGCUUCACCGCGGUCUUCUCUGGACGAGGCAACGACGGGCCGCGUGCGCUCGCUCGCUGCUGUGACCGCCUUUCAGACACACGGCGGUGUCGUCGCAGAUGCGCGGCCGGCGACUGGAACGAGUAUUGUGAAUGGGCACAUCAAGCGCAAUGAUAAUGGUCAAACAAGCGCGAUGGCUACUCGAGCAACGUCAGAGGCCGGCAGUGACCUCGGCACGUUUGCCCACUUUACGGCGUGGAGCAACCUCAGCAGUGGCAGUGCUGUCGACCUCACAGGACUGCGCGGGGUGCAGCAACAGCGGCACCAGUUGCUGCUUCGCCGUCUCAGCAACAACAGCAGCAGCACCCUUUCCCUCAGCACAAUCCAGCCAGAGGGAGCAGUGCUUGAUGUUGUCGCGCGGAUGCCCGUUCUUGGAGACGACAGUCCGCAGAACAGGAGUGCGGCCACAGCACCGCCGAAGCGAGGUGGUGCUGUGGUCGCCAACGACCAAAGUCCUACCAUCCGCCCAACCCCUCGUGUGGGUGACUACAAGUACGCCUCAACGUACUUCGUGGCGAUGGAACAGGCGGGCGGACUGCCGCGUGUAUACCCGUGGCCCCCGUCCUCCGCAGCCACCUCGACCGCCAGAGGCGGUCCACAGCCAACCCUAGGUGGUAGUCUGCGGCCUGCUACCGCCAGCCUCUCUUGUGAACUCGCACCGAAAGGGGCGUACCAUCUCGGCGGUGGCAGCAGCGUUGGUGCGCCAAAUAGCCUGAAAGAGACUUGCACAGCGCCAGUGUCGGCGGACAGCUGCCUCUACCCCCGCAGAGCUCUCAUCGGCGCGCUGCAGCGGCAACGGCCGUACACAGCGACGGCAGCGGUAAGCACAAUACCUCGGCCGCGCGCUAAACGAUGGCAAGAGAGUUAUAGGCGUGGCGGUGCCGUAGACAACAACGGGACAGGCACCCACCCACCAGACGACGCGCCGCUGUCAACCGACCUCUAUGAUACUACGCUGCAGUCUCCUCGCCCUCACCAGGCAGCAACACGCGCGCGAGGUGAGUGGAGCGACAAGGGCACCCAUCGCACAGACCUUGCCAACACAAGCACUGGCGACACUGGUGCUGCAAGUCGCUACGGCGGUGUCAAGCUACAAAUCCUACAGCCACCAUCGGUACUGAUGCGUUCAUCUCUUCCCUGGAGAGAUGGUGGUGUGACAGGGCAAGCGGAUGGGCCGCGGUCGCCUCUGACUCAGAGCCCCUCGGCACCGGUGAUACCUGCAGCGUCUCUGCCUUUAUGGGGUCGUCCCAUGCUUCGCACGUGA